AUGUCUUCUCAUAUUAUUCAACAAUUUCUCAAAAAUCUUUCAAAGCAAAAUGAUAAAGUUGAAAAUUUGGAUAGUUCUAGUAGUUCUAGAUGUCUUGAAGAAAUUCAAAUAAGCAUAAACAUUCAAAUCAAAGGCGAAACGAAAUUGCAUUGUUGUAAACUAAACGAUUCAUUGAGCAAGAUUCGACAAGAUUUUGAAAGCAAUGGUAUUCGUAUUGAUGAGCAUAUGGUAUUUAUGACAAAAGAUGAGGCGGAGAUUUCCCAAAAGGACGAAGACAAACUCAAGUUAUUUAUGCUGAAGUAUAAUGAUGGCGACACUCUAAAAGUUAAAGAACUUAAAACAUGCAAAAAAUACAUAGCUGACUAUAGUUUGAAACGCUGCUUAAAUGAUGAAAAGGACAUUAACAACAAAACCGUCGAGGAUUGUAACCAAAUUAAUAGUACAAUUGAAAAAGAAGUUUCUUCUAUAUCCUACGACAGGCAGUUUUCUAUCAAUGGAAAAGUUGCAAUUGCAGUCCCAUAUGUUACUUCCAUUAGCAAUCAAUACGCUCUGAGUACUAAAAAACAAAUCAGUGAUAAUCUCGAUAUUUUACAUCUGUGUAACAAUUUCCUCGUUGUAAAAGCAGUAUUAAAUUUAGGAGAGGCACAGUUAAAAGAAGAGUUAGAAAAUGAAAUAGAUAAAAUUUUAGCGUUACAAGCGUUUUAUGAAAAAUAUGGUAAAUUUUAUAUAAAAAAACUUUUUCUUGGAGGAAAGUUGACAAGUAACGAAACACAUGACAAUUCGGGGCAUAAUGAAUCAAGGUCUAACCAAGCAUCUGUAGGUGUUGGUGGUGGCGCUUAUGGAGUUACUGCAAAUGCUUCAGUGGAGAAUAAAAUAGACUUUAAAGUAUCUCAUAACCAGAUUAUUGAAGCUAAAAAAUUUAAUAGAGUAGGCGGGACAGAUAUGGAAAUUCAUAACGAAAAUGAUUUAAAAGAAUGGGAAACCUCUUUAUCUGAUGAGAAAAAUUGGGAAGUUGUUGAACAUGAGGUUGAGCCAGUUUUUAACUUAUUAAGCAAAGAAAAACGCAGACGAAUCAUUGAGAAAAUUUUAGGAAAGAAGCACGACGAAUUAAAGAUUGGAUGUAUAAUUGUCGGUUAUCCUGAGAAAGUUGAUUAUACGGAGCCCAAAUUUAUGAAGAAUUGUAGUAAACGUAUUGACAAUAAAAAUAAUCCAAUUGAAAUUGGACAUACGGAAGAUUAUUUUCCUUUAAUUUCAUGCGUUCAAGAAGUUGAUUCCUUUGAUUCCUUUGACAUGUCUGAUAUUGCAAUAGGCAUUCGUUUUUCAAAUAGUGGUACAUUGACAGCAUCUCUGUUCGGUUAUGACAUCAAAUCAUAUGCAAAAUUAGAAAAAUCAUGGAAAAGGCAGUGGCAUUGGAAUUUAACUACUUAUAAAAAUACAUACCUAUUUUAUGAUAAAAAUAAGAUUGAUAAUGGGGUAAAACAGGAUAAAGAAGAUAAAGGAAAUUUUGUUUGCAUCAUUGACCGAAAAGGAUUUGUAAAUUGUGAUUCAAAAAAUUUAACGUUCAGAUACUUUAAUAGUUCUGAUAGAGGGACUGAACUUAAGG